AUGGGCGACUUCCGAGACAUCAGAGGCUUCUUCACCAAGGCCGAGUGGAGCGAUCUGGCCGAGUGCGAGAAGCGGCGCUACAGGAACAUCCAGCAGAACCACGCCGUCCUGCUGAACCUCGGGAUGAACCCGGCCCAGCCCGAGUUCAUGCGCGCACGCGGCAAGCGCAGGGCGAGGGGGAAUGGAGCGGAGUGCGGGCGGUCGAGCGACUCCGACGAGGAGUGGACGGGGAGGAGGAAGAGGAAGGAGGUGGCGAUGCACGGAGGACGAAGAGGAGGAGGCAAGGGGGCUGCUUCACGCUGGGCCACCGUGGGAGAGUGGCACGCGAGGGCAGCUCCCAGCAAGCGCAAGACUAAAGCGGAAGCCCUGGAGUACUUGUGGAGCAUCUUGCAGGGCGUGGAGGAGGAGCAGCAGCAGGAGGAGGAGGAGUUCAGGGGAUUUGAGCUGAGGGAGGUGCACAAGGCCAGGAUGGCGAUGUUCAGGCUGGAGCGCAGAGCCACCGCCUGCAAGGAGGCCCUGAGGGUGGCGCUCCAGAGGAUACGUGGAGGCUCCUCCGUGCCGCCGGCCUCCGCCCAGGCUGUGGCGGUGUCGCGCAGCGCUCGCUCUCGCUACGGCCUGCGCCCGCGCGAGAGGAAAGUCUACACAGAGGUGGAGGAGCCCCAGGACGACGACUUCUUCUUCUGCGAGCUGUGCAGGGAUUUCUACCUGGGAGAGUGCUCCGUGCACGGCCCGCCAGAGUUCAUCGCGGACGCGGCCGUGGCCCCGGGAGUGGCCAACAGGGCCCGGCUCAGCCUGCCCCAGGGCCUCACCGUCGGCGCCUCCUCCAUUGCCGGCGCCGGCCUCGGGGUGUGGAGCAACAGGAAGAAGCUGCCCAAGGGGGUGAUGUUUGGGCCCUACCAGGGAGAGGUGUCUGAGGAGAACCCCGUGAGCGAGUACUGCUGGCUGAUUUACAAAAACAAAAAGGAUCGUGAAUAUGUUGAUGCUCAGGAUGAAUCUAAAUCAAACUGGAUGAGGUUCGUCAACUGCGCGAGGAAUGAGCAGGAGCAGAACCUGGUGGCCUUCCAGCACCGGGGGCAGAUUUACUACCGCACAUUCCGUGCCGUGGGGCCCGGCUCUGAGCUGCUGCUGGGCAUCGCCUGCGAGGCCGGGCCCUCGCGACGCCGCAGCAGCAGCAGCGAGAUGGCUCCUAGGGCCACCGCCAGAGACCUGCAGCCCGUGCAGCCUCCACCAAGCGAGGAACACCGUGGAGUGGGUGUGGAGGUCACAAGGCUGCCGUGUCCUGCCUGCAACCGUCAGUUCAUCUGCCGCUCUAGUCUACAACAUCACGUGCAGAGGAGACACCCCACUAAGCCCAGUAACAAAAGUCAUCAGUGUGACCAAUGUUCAUUCAGCACGGACUACAAGUGUAGCUUGAAGAAGCACCAGAGAACACACACGGGAGAGAAGCCGUUCAAGUGCACCGUGUGUGAGAAGGCGUUUGCACACACAUCAACUCUUCACAGGGACCAGAGAACACACACGGGAGAGAAGCCGUUCAAGUGCACCGUGUGUGAGAAGGCAUUUGCACAUUUACAACAUCUUCACAGCCACCAGAGAACACACACGGGAGAGAAGCCGUUCAAGUGCACCGUGUGUGAGAAGGCGUUUGCAGACACAUCAUCUCUUCACAGCCACCAGAGAACACACACGAGAGAGAAGCCGUUCAAGUGCACCGUGUGUGAGAAGGCGUUUGCACAUCUAUCAGCUCUUCACAGGCACCAGAGAACACACAAGGGAGAGAAGCCGUUCAAGUGCACCGUGUGUGCGAAGGCGUUUGCAGACCCAUCCAGUCUUCACAGGCACCAGAGAACACACACGGGAGAGAAG